AUGGCCUCUAUCCGCCCCCGAAACCGAAUUACCAACAUCUUUAGCGGUGUGUGCAACAGGGCAGCUGCGCAACUGGAGAGCCUGUCCGAAGAGACCUUUGUGAUCCGUCCCCAACCACCGCAACAGGAGCAGCAAAAGUACACGGCUUCCUUUCUCCGUCAACAGAAGGAAAUUGAAGACCAAAUCAUGACGCGCAAUGCCCAAAAAGCGGAAGAGGAAGCACGAAGACGGUGCCUGGAGGUCAUUCGAAAUCACUUGAUUUCCUAUUUGGAGACGACUCCACCAGAACAAGCCACAUUUGAAGAAUGGCUUGCGGUUCUGCACCCAGACAAUGUCAAGAUGGGUGUCCUCGAUUCGCGCUUCCAAAUACCAGGUAACCCAUGGGCAACUGUCUUUGAAGAGGAGAUUGCCAUGAGAACCAAACCAAUCAAACCAAUCCUCCAGCGAAGCAUCAGCCGGGCCAUGGCGGCCUGA